AUGUCUGGCACUGUGAGAGAAUUCAAUGACAAAUACACAAAUGCCAAUCUGGCAAAUGAUGCAUCACUUUACGAUGAGACCGUUUUCCACCACCUAGUGCGACACCUGGAGCUUGUGGACGGCGGAGCUAUUGCGCCUGUUGCGCCUGGUAUAAUUGCCGCAAUGCUUUGCGCUCAACGCCGUGGUGAUGCGGUUCCUAGACUAUUCCACGAUCUGGCCAAAUCGAGAGACGUCGACGGAACGAAGAUGUUGUUCGCGUCAUUCAAACUUGCCCUCGACCUGACUUGGCCUUUUACGGGACUGCCACAAUGCGUUCCCGCCUGUCUAGGUUUGAUCGGGGAGCUUCGAGAGCUCGGUAUCAGCAUCUACACGAUAUGCUACACAAUUGAUGACAUUCCACCAAGACCCUUGAUCACAGAUGCCGACUGGUUCGAGAAAGGAAUCGAUACCAACGAAGCCAUUUACCGCGCUGUGGGAAACGCCGAAGUUCAUCGUAUGAUGGGGGAGGUCUUCCCCGAAAUUACAUACAUCGCGAACAUUGCGGUAUUUGGUUUCCUGGUUGGAGGCUCUGAGAGAACUCAAAGUCUUCCUUUAUGCGAAAUCACCAUUGCCGGCGCAAUAACCGCACUGGGGGCAACGAGGCAGGCGAAGAGUCACUUGAAAGGUUCCAUGGGACUGGGGAUAUCCGUGGCAGCGAUUGAAGCUGUUCUAAAUGCCGCGGAACAGGUGGCAAAAUGGAAUGAUACUAAGCUUCCCGGGAAGAUUGAUGUGACAGUCUUAGCCAAGGAGGUUGAGACGAAUCUUAGGAAUCUGAGCAGAGUGUAG